GGUGAGCAGUACCCCCUCUCAGCCCCCUCAGCCUGUGGUCCCAUCCAAGCCUGUGCAAUGUGUCCAUCAUGUGUCCACUCAACCCAGCUGUCCAGGACGGGGCAAGAUGUCCAAGCUGCUGANCCCAGUGGAUGACCUCAAGAGAUUAUUAUUUCGACUCCUAUGCCCACUUUGGGAUCCACGAGGAAAUGCUGAAGGAUGAGGUGCGGACGCUCACUUACCGGAACUCCAUGUACCACAACAAGCACGUGUUCAAGGACAAAGUGGUGCUGGACGUCGGGAGUGGUACCGGGAUCCUUUCCAUGUUUGCUGCCAAAGCAGGGGCCAAGAAGGUGUUUGGGAUUGAAUGCUCCAGUAUUUCUGACUACUCAGAGAAGAUCAUUAAGGCCAACCACUUGGACAACAUCAUCACCAUAUUUAAAGGUAAAGUGGAAGAGGUGGAGCUGCCUGUAGAGAAGGUAGACAUCAUCAUCAGCGAGUGGAUGGGCUACUGUCUCUUCUAUGAGUCAAUGCUCAACACAGUCAUCUUUGCCAGGGACAAGUGGCUGAAACCUGGAGGGCUUAUGUUUCCAGACCGGGCAGCUUUGUACGUGGUAGCAAUUGAAGACAGACAGUACAAGGACUUCAAAAUCCACUGGUGGGAGAAUGUCUAUGGCUUUGACAUGAGCUGCAUCCGGGACGUUGCCAUGAAGGAGCCCCUGGUGGACAUCGUGGACCCAAAGCAAGUGGUGACCAAUGCCUGUUUAAUAAAGGAGGUGGACAUUUACACGGUCAAGACGGAAGAGCUGUCCUUCACGUCUGCCUUCUGCCUGCAGAUCCAGCGCAAUGACUACAUCCACGCCCUGGUCACCUAUUUUAAUAUUGAAUUUACCAAGUGCCACAAGAAAAUGGGGUUUUCCACAGCCCCUGAUGCCCCCUACACCCACUGGAAGCAGACCGUCUUCUACCUGGAAGAUUGCCUCACUGUCCGGAGGGGGGAAGAGCUCUAUGGGUCCAUCUCCAUGAAGCCAAAUGCCAAAAAUGUGCGAGACCUCGAUUUCACAGUAGACUUGGAUUUCAAGGGACAGCUGUGUGAAACAUCUGUAUCUAAUGACUACAAAAUGCGUUAGCACACGUGGGAAGCUGCAGAGAGCGAGCGAGAAAAAACCCUCACCUCGAUCUGCAGCACUGUGAUGAGAAUACUGUUUGCAGGACUACACACUCGAAAACCAGAGUUUUAAAUUCUGCCUUGAAGAUUGGGGAACUCGCCAGGGCUCAGGUGGCCCUGACACUGGACAGAUGACCUCCAACUGCUCAGCUCUGCUCUGCUCUGUGAGCCCUUCACAAUGUCUUUGCUGUCGCUGACCAUGAGCGACCUCCAGUGCUGCGGCUGGGCCCGGGGACAGAAGUGCUCAUGUAUACCUAUUGUCCUUUACUGUGACUCUCCGAUCUCCAGGUUUUGCAUGCUGCAGGUAUCUAGGGCAGAGGCUUCACUAGAACCUGGAGGCUAGUGUCUUUGAUAGAAUAAGCCGGAUUGUGUCUGUGCGGUGGUGUGUGCGUGCCUGCGCGCGGACAGCAUAUACAGUCGCUUAUUUACCCACAACACUGUAUAUGCAUGCAUAUACAACCACUGGGUGUACCCAAGUGUCCAUCCAGGGCGUGUGUGCACGUGCGCGUGCGUAGAAUAUCUAUUACUCCCAGAGGAGAUUUUGUUGCUUUGGAAUAGGACUUUGUUUUGUGAUUAGCUCUCCCCUCCCCCACCCCUGACCAGAUGUAAGCAGCUAUGAAACAUUCUCUGUACUAGCUUUGGUCUCCUUUUGACUAGACCGUGGCUCCAAAUCCUGGAGCAUAGUACCACACACUCUGUGGGAGCUCAAUAAAGGCACAUGAGAGUGAAGCAA